GGUGCUUAUGUGGCGAAGGGAGCCGAGCUCCUCCCUCUCUCAGGGCAGCUCCCUGCGCUCUUGAGCCCAGCUGAGCUAAGGCGUCCAGCCACCUCCACGGACGGAAUCCACGGCUCUCAGCUGGGUGGGCGCGACCUCCGCAGAAGCCGAUCGUAGCUAGCAACUGGGACUCGCCUGCAGCAGGUCCCUCCGAGAGGCCUGGGGGGCGAAAGAGCAGAAGACUAGGGCCUCUCUGCCGCAAUGCCAGGCCCGGAGCAUCAGCAAUCCCAGACCCUCACCAAACCCGCCUUCAGCGAGCCCCAGGCCUCCGCGUUGGUGGAGUCCAUGUUUGGGCUAAAAGUUACCAAGAUCCAGCCUCUCCCCAGCUACGAUGACCAGAACUUUCACGUGCACGUUCCAAGGGCCCCCUCAACAACCGGCCUUAGCGAGUAUGUUCUCAAAGUGAACAACUCUGACUCCAGCAAGAACUCAGACCUGGUUGAGGUGCAGAGCCACGUUAUGAUGUUCUUGAAGGCCGAAGGAUUUCCAAUAGCCACUGUCCAUCCCACAAAAGGAGGCAACCUGACCUCUCUGAUGUCCAUAGACAGCGGCUCUGACACCCAGAGUUACUUGGUGAGGCUGUUCACCUAUCUGCCAGGAAGACCCAUAGCCCAGGUUCCUGUCACUCCGAAGCUCUUAUAUGAAGUGGGAAAGCUAGCGGCCCGAAUGGAUAAAACUCUCGAGAAAUUCCAUCAUCCAAAGAUAAGUAGCCUACAUCGGGGGGACUUCAUCUGGAACCUGAGAAAUGUUCCUCUUCUAGAAAAAUAUACUUAUGCAUUGGGCCAGACCAAAAACCGGGAGAUGAUAGACCAGGUGCUCAAGCAGUUCAAGAAUGAGAUAGUGCCAAAGUUAAGCUGUUUUCGAGAAUGCAUCAAUCACGGGGACCUGAAUGGCUACAACAUCUUGGUGGAGCCCAGCAGUGAAGCCUCUGGUGACACAGAGUACCGUGUGUCUGGAGUCCUGGACUUUGAGGACAUGAGCCAAGGGUACUACGUGUUCGAGUUGGCCAUCACCAUCAUGUACAUGAUGAUAGAGAGCAAAGACUCCCUUGCCGCAGGGGGCCACGUGCUGGCCGGCUUCCAAAGCGUGAUCCCACUGACGGCUGAGGAAAGGAAGGCGCUGUUCUUACUGGUGAGCGGUCGAUUUUCUCAGUCACUCGUGAUGUCUGCCUAUACGUGCCAGCUGUACCCCGAGAACAAAGACUACCUCAUGAUCACUGCCAAGACAGGCUGGAAGCACCUGCAGAGGCUGCUUGAUACGGGUCAGAAGGCCGUGGAAGAAAUCUGGUUUGAGACCGCCAAGUCCUACACACAGCAGUGACUUUAUAGCAACGUUCCCAUGAAAUGAGAGUGUGUUGACUAAGACAAGGUGGGGGAAGCACCUGGAGAUUCCAGAGCUGUGAACUCUCAGUAGUAUUUGUCCGAUAAAGGGAGCUCCCCUUUCUACUACUUUAUGGCUUAUAAAAUAGGAUAUGUGAUUUCAUGAAAUUAUAAGACCAGAAUGAACUGAAAUGAUUAAUUUUUAUAUUAAUAUGAAUGUCAUUAAACACAUAC